AGUUUCCACCGCACCGCCAUCUUGCUUUCAAUGCAAAACCACGGUAACUUGUAUUCCCUAUCUUCUGAAAUGUGAUGGAAUGAAUGACUGUGGAGAUCUUUCGGAUGAAAAAAAUUGCUCGUGUGAACCUUUGACAUCAAUGUUUGUGUGCGCUAAUGGGAGAUGUAUUCCAAAGUCGUGGGUUUGUGACAAAGAAGACGACUGUUAUGAUGGUUCUGACGAACGGAAUUGCACAAUUCCUUGUAAGUCAUAUGCGAAUAAGACUCGCUACCAAUUACCGUUGUCAAUGCAAGGGUGGCGCCAGAAGGGGGGAAGGGGGGGGGGAAGACAAUGUUUUGUAAGCAGUAUGUUUUGUAGUGGUGUUAAACAGGCUGUUGAAGACAAUUGUAUCCUCAAAAUGAUGCAAAUACUGUCAACAGAUACCAUUGGGAAUACCGAAAAUUCAAAACAUUUUUGGAGGGAGCAUUCUCCCCCCCCCCUCCCCCUCCGAGAAAGGUUUUGCCUGUACGAACGUAGCCCCCUGUCGGGGACCUUUUCCCUCCACCACUAGUUCAAUGGGUGGAGCGGCGACCGGCGGUCCAGAAACCUAAAGACGUCCACUCGAAACAACGAAUUUUUCGUUGUUCUCUGCAGUGAAUAAUAUGAAACUAGUUUUUCAUAUCUCUCAGGAUGAUUCCAGGGUUUAUUUUAACGUGCAGUUCUACACAAAAUGUGCUGUUUUAAACCCAUUUGCGCAGUUCUUAAAACACAAAUGUGCAGUCACCAAACUAACAAAAAUAGCCUUAAUUAAAACAGUCCUCACAUUUACUCGUUACCCUAGUGGAUGCUCCAGAAAAUUCCAGAAAUGCUGUCAUUAAACGAGCAUCAAUUACAAACUAAUAUAAACGUUUUCUGAGGGAGGACUCCAGACCCUCCUAUUUUCCUCACAAAUCACUUACGUGCUCGGGUAAUGGAAAAUAACCUAAAAUUGGGGCAAGCGAACACCCCCUAGCUCCCGCACCCAAAAUCGAGUUUGUCUGGCCUUUCUCCAAUUCUCCCACCCAACCACACCAUUAUUCUGUCACCUAUAUGCAGGUAAAAAUCCUUCGCCCCCCUCCCAGUCAAACACCCGUUGCCUUCGUAACAUCCCUAUAUAUGUGCAGUUCUAAAUUUUUCUUAAAAUAAACCCUGGAUGAUUCUGAAAUACUAACGAAUGUGUACAUCAAGCAUUGAGUUCCAGGUAGCGAUGAACAAUAUAUUAUGUACGAGCCUAAUAGAAGGAUUUAAAUUACUGAGAAAAAACCUUGCUCUUGCUCUUGGAAGUUCAUAAAGCCUUCGAAAAUCUUUUCAAAAUUCAUCUUCUGCAUUUUCUCCUACAGCUUCUUGAAGAGAAUAUCUUGAUUUUUUUAGACGAUCCCUGCGCGAAAAACGUAUGUGACCAUUCUUGUGAAGUGAUCAGAAAUAGAAAUGGAACUUCAACUGGAAAAUGUCGUUGUCGAAGUGGUUAUUAUUUACGAACUGAUGGCAAAACAUGUGUUGGUUAGUAGAGAAAGCAUUUUAUAAAAUGGCCUUUUAAAAACACGGGGGCUGAUUGGUCAGG